GUUUGGGAUCACACAUCCGACCCAUCUGAAACAACAACACUUGCGACUGGCGUCUUCAAUCUUGUGGUACUCUAAACAUAUCCUUCGCGUACUGUUCCAGACCUUUGAGCGUCCCUAUCUCCUGCGUUAUGGUAUUCACUGUCUCAUCGCUCAGCCCAUCCUUCGUUCUUGAGUAGAUGUCCAGACCAGCAGGCGUGAAGAGUGUGGACUCGAAAUACGUCACGACGUAGUCUGGCUCACUCUCGAAGCCGAGCACUUGCCAAUGGCUUGUCGCAAUCAUGAGGAGACCCUUCCCGCGCCUAGAUUGGGUCGAAGCUACAGCACCGCCGCGGAUAAUAUGGACAACACGACGCGCACCAUUUCCAUCCUCCGGGCUUCUCCAGCCUGUCGAUCCCCCGCACAGUAGACGGCGUCUGCGUCCCUUUUCCAUUCCGCAUCUCGUAUGUAACCAAGUCAUCGAACGUCGUCGCCGGUUCUCCUGGGAUAGUUGAGUAUGUGAUCUUGACGUUCUUCUUGUUCUUCCAGAGGGGAAGUGUGCUCGCGACGCUGUUUGGGGUUGAAUAAUACGAAGAGGAGAGAGCAGUAGCAAGCACGAACACAUGCCAAGUCCCUAGCAAUCUGUCGUAGGGCAGCUCCUCCAGAUACUCUCCCGGAGCGCAAAGUGUGCGUGCUGAUGCAGGCAUUGAGCAAGGGCGAUUGAUGGCCCGCGUUGGCGAUGCUUUGCAGGGAGGAGUUAUGUGUUGAUACAUGUUCUACUACUAUACGUGAGAUAUACGAUACUCUUCAAAACAAUCGGUCUAUGGGAGCGUCAACUCGCAUCCUCGCCAGGCGGUACACGCUGUUGGUCACCGGCAUAUCAACCAAGCCGGCGUUAGAUGCCAGCAAAUGUCCGGUCAGAUAGGUGAGGUCAUGCGGACGUGCAUAGAGCAUGGCAUUGAGCAUCGGCGAGAUUUCAGAUUUGCGCUCGGCCGCAUAAUUUAGACAAUCUCUGAGCAGAUUCUCGGCAAGGAGCGCUGGCGGAACUCUGGCCGCGCCGGAGAGCUCCAUCAUCUCAAGGUCGGGCUCCGGAUAUUCCGCUCGAAGCUGCGCCUCUGCCUCUGCACGGAAGAGCGCUGCGGCCUCAUUGCACAUAUCCCUCGCGAGCAUCACAGCUUCCGUUCUGGUAAACAGGUCCCCUACGCGGCAUCCCAUGAGUAUGCUGAGAGGCUGGAUGAUCGAGUCGACGACGAGCCGCCGACGCAUACGAGACUGCAUUUCCUGCAAGCUGCACCAGUGCGCGCUGAGUGACUCCGCCAAGUGCAGGACGGCCACGGUAUUUCGCAAGGUGCGGUAGAACGGGUACAGAGUAUCGCCCGUCGUGGACGCGAUAUUCGAGAGGCGCAGACGCCUGUCUGACGAGGAGCUCUUGAGGCCGGCUUCGACAUCACGGGAUCCAUUUGCGACGAGCGCGUAAUGGAUUCUGCCCGGAAAGGUGUGGACGACCCGUCGCGCCCCUCCAGUGGUGGUAUGCCUAGCCGCGUGUGUGGAUGUCGCGAGAAUAACGUGAGGUCGUUGUUCUGGGUCGCUGAACAACGGCGAAAGCCGGUGAACGGCGAGCGCGUUGUUCGCAAGCACGACCGUACUCGUCGGCAAGAUACGGUGAGCGAGGCGUCGAAGGGCGUAGAGCGCCGAGUGUCCUUUGUUGGUGAUAAACAAUGAGUCAAUCGGGGAGUCGUUUUUGGCAUCUUGCGAUUCAUGCUCGAAGUCCGUAGAGGUUGUGAAUGUGGCGCCGUUCUGGACCUGGAUGCCGGAAGCCUUGACGCUGAGUGCAUCUCUCGCUUUCCGAUGGAUAAUAACGAUUUUGUGGGAGGGAGGCGUGGCUCUGCGGAGGUGGUGCGCAAAGAGCGAGGGAAUUGGUCCUGCUCCGAGCACAUGGAAGCGCAUAAACCGAAAAUUGUUGACAGAAUCGAGGUAUCACGGCAGGACGAGCCAACAGAACGUGUUGACUAGAUUCCAAAGCACCCGGAUACCAGAAAAAGAGCCAGCCCGACGAUAGAGACAGAGCGGGACCCUUGAAAGUUGGGCUGGCGUUGAGCUGGAAAACGAAACUCAGAAAUAUGGACGCGUUGAUGGUUACGUAAUGGGAUCAUGAUCACUGGGAAAUGUUGUACUAGUACCCACACAUGACUGGCCCGAAUCUGUUUCCCCACACUCAUCUACAAUGGCUUCUAUCGCACUUGCUCGCACUGGCCAAAAGAUGCCGCUCGUCGGCUUUGGGCUUUGGAAGGUUACCAAGUCCUCUUGUGCCGAUACGGUGUACAACGCUAUAAAAGCGGGAUAUCGCUUGUUCGACGGGGCUGGUGAUUACGGAAAUGAGAAGGAGGCCGGUGAAGGCGUUCGCCGUGCCAUAAGCGAUGGUCUUGUCAAGAGAGAGGAUCUUUUCAUCACUUCCAAGUUGUGGAACACCUUCCAUGCCAAGGAGCAUGUCAAGACGACUGCCCAGAUGCAAUUGGGUCUGUGGGGAAUUGAAUACUUCGAUCUCUUCCUGGUUCACUUCCCGAUUGCUCUGAAAUACGUCGAUCCCGCUGAACGAUACCCUCCUGAGUGGUUUGGAGGGGACGGUAAGACGGUGAAUUUGCAGGACACGCCCAUCCAGGAGACCUGGACCGUCAUGGAGCAGCUCGUUGACGAUGGAAUCGCCAAGAACAUUGGUAUCAGCAACUUCCAAGGCUCUCUGAUCAUCGACAUGAUGCGCUACGCCCGUAUCAAACCCCAGGUGCUGCAGGUCGAACUCCACCCUUAUCUCACCCAGGAUCACCUCGUCGCUUUGUGCAAGACCCUCGGAAUCGCCAUGACUGGCUACUCGUCCUUUGGUCCCCAGAGCUACGUUGAGUUGUCGAUGGAUCGCGCCGCCCCAAGCUUGUUGUCCCACGACAUAGUCAGCGCGAUCGCCAAGAAGUACCAGCAAACUACUGCGCAGGUUCUGCUGCGUUGGGCGACUCAGCGUGGCAUCGCAGUGAUUCCCAAGUCUAACAGCAGUGAACGAUUGGUCCAGAACUUGGCUAGCGAAUCCUUCAAUCUUACGGAAGAAGAAAUCGCCUCCAUUUCCGGCCUCAAUUUCAACUGCCGGGUAUGUUUUGAUCUGAUCUUACUGCGCUGCGUAGUCUCAACUGCUAUGAAGAUGAACGAUCCACGCGACAUCGACCCCAGAAUGGCUAUUUUUGCUUGAGAAAAGCAGAUGUAUUAGGAUAAAUAAAUGGAAGAAACUUGUAUGUUUGAUUUGAAAUGAAGCACGUCCCGCAGUUACA